CGAAUCUGUCAGUCUCCAUUACCAAAACCCUCUGUAUCUCUCUCUCUUUGCCGCAAAAAUGACUAGUACGAAGAACAACGGCUCUGAUCAAAGUCAGGAGACGAAGUUACACUUGGAGGACGCUGAUGUAUCAAUGUCCGAUGGAGGUGACAACAGUGCCGAUGUUGCUGAUGACGUUACCAGCGCCGACUACUACUUCGAUUCUUACUCCCAUUUUGGUAUUCAUGAAGAAAUGUUAAAAGAUGUAGUGAGGACAAAGAGUUAUCAAGAUGUUAUUUACAAGAACAAGUUUCUUAUCAAGGACAAAAUUGUUCUUGAUGUUGGAGCUGGAACAGGAAUCUUGUCUUUGUUCUGUGCUAAAGCAGGAGCAGCUCAUGUUUACGCUGUUGAAUGUUCUCAAAUGGCUGACACAGCAAAGGAGAUUGUUAAGUCUAAUGGAUUUUCAGAUGUUAUAACGGUUUUGAAAGGGAAGAUUGAGGAAAUUGAACUUCCAGUUCCUAAAGUGGAUGUGAUUAUCUCUGAGUGGAUGGGUUACUUUUUGUUGUAUGAAAAUAUGCUCGACACUGUCUUGUAUGCUCGCAAUAAAUGGCUUGUUGAUGGCGGAAUUGUUCUACCAGAUAAAGCUUCUCUGUAUGUUACAGCCAUAGAGGAUGCUCAUUAUAAAGAAGACAAAGUAGAGUUUUGGGAUGACGUGUAUGGGUUUGACAUGUCAUGCAUCAAGAGAAGAGCAAUUACAGAACCUCUUGUUGACACGGUGGAUGGAAACCAGAUCGUGACUGAUAGCAAGCUGCUGAAGACCAUGGAUAUCUCUAAGAUGGAUUCUGGAGAUGCUUCUUUCACAGCACCAUUUAAGCUCGUCGCACAACGAAAUGACCAUAUCCAUGCCCUUGUAGCCUACUUUGAUGUAGCAUUCACCAUGUGCCACAAGAAGAUGGGUUUCUCAACAGGACCAAAAUCUCGGGCAACACACUGGAAACAAACAGUUAUGUACCUGGAAGAUGUGUUAACCAUAUGCGAGGGUGAAACAAUCACCGGAAGUAUGACGAUUGCACAAAACAAAAAGAAUCCCAGAGACGUUGACAUAAAGCUCAAUUAUUCUUUGAAUGGCCAACAUUGCAAGAUCUCAAGGACCCAUUUCUACAAAAUGCGCUAAAAGCGCUUGGAUGAAGUACAAUCCCCAUCGUCUUGAAGCUGAGAUGGACAUUUUCUCAUUUGUAAUUCUGUUGUUUCCAUUUUUUAUAAUGUUGCAGUAACAAGAUGAAUCAGAAAUUUCUUCCCUUGAAUUCUAUAAACAUUGAACAAGAAGAAACUAUUAAAGCUAGUUUUCUAUCGUUUA